AUGCACCUCCCCAGUGGAAGAACAUCCUUGUUAAUUAGCUCACUAUGCACAAUUGUGCUCUCUCUCUACACAGGCCACCAAGAGAAUGUGUCCUAUCUACCAGUUCUGCCCCCUUCAUACCCGUUGGCAGUACGCAAUCCGUAUCUUUCAACAUGGAUGCCCAGCGACAGGGUCCAGUCUUUACCGUAUGCCGAGCCUCAGUUCUGGGCGGGUCAGGAGCUGGGUUGGGCUGUUAUGGCGCGGGUUGAUGGUCAGACAUAUAGCUUGAUGGGUGUGAAAAAUCCUGAGAAAGAAAUCCGACCUGCAGUUGUGUGCAGCGCUGAGUAUACGGCAACCCACUCCAUAUUCACGCUCAAUGCUGGGCCGGUAAUGUUCAAGCUCGAUUUCUUCUCGCCCGUUUCGCCAUCAAGUUACCUUACGCAGUCUCUUCCUUUUGCUUAUUUGACAGUAUCUGUCUCCGGGGCUUCUGCCAACAGCAUCCAAGUCUUCUCUAGUAUAGACGGUAGAUGGACAGGAAGAUCUGACGAUGCAGUUUGCACUUUUCAGAAUACAGGUCGCACUGCUAUCUAUUCUUUGAAAGUACAGGAUGCUACAUUGUACUCCGAGGAGAGUGAUAUGGCUCUCUGGGGUGAGACGAUAUUUGCUGCACGACCUAACACUCCUUCAAAGCUUUCUUUUGCUUCUGGUGCACAAUCAGGGAUAUUCUCUCAGUUCGCCAACACUGGUAUUCUAGCCAGUAGCAGCCAGCAAUGUGAGUCCAAAGGUAUUGUAGCCUUGUCUCAUGAUCUCGGGACCGUGACUGGAGACCGGCGUGUCAAUUUCGUUGUUGGAUACGUGCGAGAAGAAGCGGUCAACUAUCUCGGAAAGGCAUAUACUGGGUACUACCGUGCUGAGUACCCGGAGACAUAUGAAGCGGUCACAUACUUCAUGGAUGAUUAUCCAGAUGCGCUUCUCGAAUCCUUGAUUCUUGACCAGGAAAUGACUGCCAAAGCAAAAGCCGUGGCUGGCCAGAAAUACGCGGACAUUGUCACUCUGUCAGCCCGUCAAGCAUAUGGGGGGAUCGAUUUGACCAUUCCCAAUGAGACUCUUGAUACGAGCGAAGUGCUAGCGUUUAUCAAAGAGCUCUCCAGCGACGGCAACAUCAAUACGGUGGAUGUAAUCAUGCCUGCAUUUCCCAUCUAUUACGUUAUGGAUCCAGAGUACAUUCGACUUCUACUGGAGCCCAUGAUGAGAUACCUCGCAGCCGGACGUUGGCACGAACCAUAUGUAAUCCACGAUAUGGGCACUCACUAUCCGAACGCAACCGGGCACGACGACCAACAAGCAGAACCGAUGCCCAUUGAAGAAUGCGGGAAUCUGAUGGUUCUUAUUCUGGCCUAUGUACGUGCGACAGGAGACGAAAUCUGGGCAGCACCAUAUUUCGACAUCUUGCGAGGCUACGCAGAUUACCUGGUCGAGAAUAGCGUCGACAUUGCCGAGCAGCUGUCUUCGAAUGAUGCGGCUGGUCCGCUAGCGAAUGAAACAAAUCUUGCUAUCAAGGCUGCCGUUGGCCUCAAAGCAUUUGGAGAGCUAACAGGCUUGACAGAAUACUCAAAGAUUGGGGAGGAACGAGCCAACCUGUUCUUCACCCAAGCAUUAGGUUUAGAUGAUCAAAAGACGCAUUUUGUGCUGCAAUAUCCGGAUAAGCCAUCUUCAUGGAAGACGCCCUAUAAUCUUUACCCAGACGUGUUGUUGGGUCUGAGGACUUUCCCAGAGGAAGCUCAUCAAAUGAGCAGCGCAUUCUUCAAAUCCGUGAGGGCUGAGUAUGGAGUGCCCCUGGAUCACCGACAGGACUGGGCCAAGUCGGAUUGGAACAUGUGGCUAUCGGGCACUUUUAACGACAGUACCCGCGACGAGUUCGUGGAUGACUUGUGGGCUUUCAUGACCAACGGCAAGCAUAACUGGCCAUUCUCAGAUAGAUAUGUCGCGACAUCCGCAAAAGGCAACAGUCCUGGUGUCCCCGUGCUAUGUAGAGCGCGCCCAACCGUGGGUGGGCACUUUGCCUUGCUGGCACUGGAAGGACCCAGGAGUCUGCAGCUCACCGCACUACAAGUCAAGGAGGAAUCCAAUGUCAAGCAUCAAGGAGACCAGCAGUUCUUAGGAGAUGAGAGACAAGAACUGUGA